GACCAAUCGGUCCGCCGCGUUACCCGUGAGUUGUCACGCGUCAACCAGUUCCGGGCUACGGUUUUACUGGCUGUCGCGACAUCGCGUCAACGAACGACCGGUCGGGUGUGCAGCGAACUCGCUCACUGACUGUCCAACGACCAUCGGUUCUAGUAAUCCACUCGCCCGUCCGUGUUUUCGGUAAAACCCGCCACCGACACACGUACAGUACCGGUUCGCAAUAAUACAUAAUCGCGUACGCAAUAUAAUCGUUUUCAUCGUUGGCGAUACGCGCGUUCGUCGUCCCCACCGCUAUCCCCGCGGUUUUGUUGUUAAUAUUAUUUUUCCAACGAUUUUCUUGCAUUUUCCACGACCGUGGGUGUGUAAUAAAUCCGCGGUGAAAAUCGUCCCGCGUUUUCGAGUUUCCAACGCACCAGUGCAACACCGUGAUAUCCGACAGUACCGAGUACGAUAUUUAUUGUACCCAUCGUGCUCCGUCCGUUCGUCUUGUACAUCGCGCACGCAAGGCACACAAGUCGCGUGUGCCCACACCUACACGUAUCUACUCGAUCACGUCGACAACGUUGUUGGACGCGACCGGAGAAAAAGAGAUAAUAGGAGCGCUCGCGGAUUUUCCAUUCUCGACGUAAGUAUUGGAGUAAAUUAUUAAAUAACGUUACACUAUUUUUCGGUUGUUAUUAUUGGUAUCGAUAAUAGUCUGAUCGAUACUCGUGUAGGUAUGGAAUUUUUUUUUUUUUACCGUAUAUUCACACCGCUAUCAUUGUACCUAACUAUUAUUAUUAUUAUUGUCGUACGAAUUGUAAGCAUUCGAAGGCGAAGCGUGUUUUUCUCCGAUCGUAAACAACAAACCGACGACAUCGUUAUCGGCCGGUCUCAUUAAUAACUACCGUAUAAUAUAAUAUAAUAAUGGUGAUUAUAACUCCCGCGAACGUUUAAAAUGUAACUCAUUAUCUUAAUAGUCAUAAUCAUGUAUAUUUUCAUCAAGAUUUUCUACAACGUGGGCCACUUGUAUUUAUAUCUAUAGAUAAAUAAUAAUUGUCUGUCAUGAGUACCCAUAGUACCGGGUAUUAUUCGAAUCGUACGGAAAUUCGACGAAUAAUGACAUCUAUUUUUUUUUCCUCCCCUGAUUACGAAUUUAAAUAAUAAGUGUACCUACCUAACUUUCUGUAUAAUAUUUUACUCAUUAGGUAAACAUCACAGCCAAUAUCUUAUGUUUAAAACUUGAAGAAUGACGUUAUCUAUCUAGCUACCUACAUACAUUAUUCUGAAUUUCGAUUAUCUUUACUGAAUAUAUUACCUAGGUAAUUGAGAAUACUCUAUAUUUACUGUACUUACCCUGAUAAACCAGAAUUCCUAUUAUGGGCUACACUCAUUCAAAUAAUAGGCUUGCAUUUUAUUAGAAUAAUUCUCAGUGUGCUUCUAUAUAAUUAUUUACUUAUAUUAUCCUGGCUAUCGAUUACUUUAUGAGAUACUUCUUAUAAGCUACUUAGGAAAUAGUUAUGUAAAUUCACUUAUUUACCUAAUUGCUUAUAUUAGUGUCAUUCAAUUGAUAUUAUAAUAUUCCAAUACCUAUAUAUUUUAAUGAUGGUUUGUCUACAAACAUUGUGGUAUUUGUUUUUCAAACCCAUCCUUAUUCUUAAGGUAUAACAUUAUUAGAUGACUAGAAUAUAAUUAUAUCAAAUAACUAGGUAAUUUUCUUUAAAAUGCAAUAUAAUUUGAUAUCAUUUUAAAAUUAAAUCAAAGGGAAGUAACACUAUCAAUAAUUUUUGAUUUAGUUAUUUGAGUACUUAUUUAUAAAUAAUUUAAUGUUUUUUUUUUCUGUGUCUUAUUGUCUUAAUACUAAUGUUUUAUGAAAGUGGGUGAUUUUCAUUAUCAUUUCAUAUUUAGAUAUACUUAGGUGCCUACUAAUUAUUUAUUUAUGUUUUGAAUAGAUGAGAAUUCCUAUAAGUUACUCCUGACAAUCAGUAUACCUAUUCUUUUGAGAUCUCUGGAACUUAAUUAUUUUGUAUUCAACAUACUUAUUUUAUUCAUUUUUGGUUUUAAUGUGUGUUCAUAAGAUAUACAUUUUCAUUCCUACGAUGUUCUAUUAUGGAUAAUUUAAAAAAAAACCAACCUAUCUUAUUAUGAUAGUUGAACUUAUAAUUUAUAUUAUUUUAACUACUUAAAUCAAUGGUAAUUAAUGUUUUCAGUUCAGCACCCUUUUAUUGAGAUAACUAACUGCUAAAGAUCCCUCCCCCCAUCUGUCAGUUAAAACAUUUUCGUAAGUACAUAGAUCAGUAUUUUACACUAAAAUAAAAACUCUUACUUUAAGAAGAUAAUAAAUACUUAAUUCUAUUCCACUUUAGAAAAAUAAUUUACAUUAUACAAAAUUAUUCUUUGGUGACAGCCGUGAGCCUGAUGAGUAGCUGCUUAUGUUGCAAUAUCUGGUUAGCUGUUGAUUACAAGUUAAACUCGGAUCUCCGUGCUAUAUCUCACUAUCCCCUUCAAACUUACCAGCUAUCUUAGGGACCAAAAUGACUUAAGGGGUGAUACCACCUUUGUUAGGAACCACUGACUUAAACCUUUUACUGAAAACAAGAAUAAGUAUAAAAUAAUUUUAGAUAUAGGUAUCUAAUAAAAAUUAAAAUUCAAUAGGUCAACCCCAUUUUUACAAAAUACAAAAUUAUGUCCUAGGUAUAUAGUUAAAAUAAUAGAUACUUAGAAUUUUCUUAGAAUCUUCAAAGCCUAACAUCAAUUAUUAUCUAAUUGAAUUUCCCAAAUAAUGUUUGGAUAAAUGAAAAGUAAAUGCCUAAUCAUUGCGGCCAAUAAAUAAUAUAGUUUCUCCAUAAAGUUAAAUAUAUACAGGAUGAUUCAUAAGUUAGUAUCACCAUAGGAUACUCCUUCAAUGUUAUGAACAAUCUAAAUAUUCGAAAAAUAUUAGCUUUAACUACACUUACAAAUUACAGAGUUUAAAUUAGUUAAUGCAAAAUUUAACCAAAAAAUGGGGUGAAUCACAAUAUAUAUAUCUGUGUGUAUAUGUAUGCACAAAGAUAUAUUUUAAUUUCUUAAUUGUAUUAUAAUAAUAAUAUAUUAUCAUUUUUAUCAAACAAAAUAUUUUAUUUUUGUCUUAAUGCUAACACAAACCAUCUGAUUCACAUUGUGAUAACUAUAACCACCCCAGGAACAUAGAGUUAAAUCUAGAGUGCAUUGAACAUAUAUUUAACAAUUUAUUUGGUAUUUAUAUGAAUUAUUUCAAAUUACUCAACUUUGCUUAACCCAAUACGAGACCCAAUAGUAUUUGUUCUGAUGUUUACAUUUCUCUUAUUUAAAAUUAUUAUUGUGAUAAUACACUUCUAAAAGUUAUUGGAUAUUAGGUACAUGAAUAGUACUAAUAAGAAAGUACUAAUGGUUUAAAAUCAAUAAUAAACUUAUCUUAUCUCUAUGACGUUUUAACUAGAGUCUGGAUUUUUAUGAUUUUACAUAUUGUGACACUAUAUGCAGUCUUAUUAGAAUACAAAUGUAGGCAGUUCAUUCAACAUAGAAUUCCCAGGAAAAAGUUUUUUUUUUUCAUGUUUAAGAAUAUUUUAAAGAGUAGAGAAUAUUUUAUGAGUUGUUAGAUAAAAAUUAAUUUAUUGUAAUUUUAAAUUGUUAUUAGUAUUAAUUUUAAUGUUGAUGUAUAGUAGACCCUCAUGAAUCCGGAUUAAUUGGGGCUUUAGUUUGUCCGAAUUAAAUUAAAUAACCAAACAUUGUUAAUUUUUUUUUUAUUUAAAAGUUUACUGGCUUCAAACUGACUAAAAAAAAAACCGUGUAUGUAUUAUGUAUUUAAGAGUUUGUAUUAUAAUGUACCUAAUGAAACUCAUUUAGUCGUUUUCAUGUUUACUUUGGUAUGGCACAAACUGCAUAGUUUCUGGUUUAUUAAACGGCUGUCUAGAUUAAGCGAAGUCCAGUUUAAUGGGAUCCGGAUUAAUGAGGUUCUACUGUAUCUUAAAAAAAUAUUUUUCGAAACUUUUAAUAAGCAUUAUAUAUACAUUUUUUUUAUCAUUCUGAUAAAGUAAAAAUAAAAAAUACAUAUUAUAUAGUACAUAUUGUUGAUGUACAUUGAAUAUUUUUGUAAGCUUUUCUAAUUUUUAAAAGAAUAUGUAGGUUUUCAGGGAAUAUUAGCAUUAUAUUUUAGGUGUUUUAAGAGAAUAUAAAUCCAAAAUAUAUUUAUGACAAAAAAGACGUUUUAAAAAGUAGACAGUUUAUCAUUAUUGUAUUAGAAAACAAUAAGUAAAAGUUAAUAAUAAGAGUUUUUAUCAAUUUUCGAACAAUAAAAUAUAGAUAAAACAGGUAUCUUAUCUAAAUAAUCUUUAUAUUUUCUAAUACAAGUAAGUAAUAUUUUUUUUUUUUUUUGAAAAUUGGUAAAGGAUUUUAUCAAUUAAAUCAAUUUCAAUUAAAAUAGAUACAAGGUUUUGGAUUGUGUGAUUUUAUAGUAAGUACAAGUAUUUUUAAAGUACAUAUUAUAUACUAUAAAAUUAUUAUAUUCUAAUAAUUUUGGCAAGUACCUACUUACUUAAUUUAUCACUAAAGAUAGGUUAUUAGUUUUAAAGGUGAGUUGUUAUGGGAUAAGAUAUUGAUUCCUGUAAUACUCUCGAGUGCUUGACUUUCAAAUAUACCAAGACAAUAUUUUUCAAUGACCUGGCUAAUAAAAAAACAGCAAAUAAUUUUAUGAAUUACGUUUAAACUAGUUAGUUAACAGUUUUAAAUUCUGAAAUGUAUUAAUACUUUAUGUGAGAUAUUACGGAGUAUAAAGGUUAAAUCCAUUAAAAUAUUAUUUGAAUCCUCACAAUUCUAAUAGUUCUUUAAUUAUUGUUAUAAUUCAUUUGAAAAAUAUUUUUUCAAUCAUGUAUGUAAUUUAUAUAGUCAUUUGAAUAGGUGUCUAUACAAACAAUUAUUAUUAUAAAAUAAAUUCCAUUAAUAAAUAUUUCAAAAUCUUUUAACAGGCACCUCGUUACAAGAAUGGAAGUUAGUGACUUAAGUUACUUUAUAUCCAUAUUUGUCCAAAUGUAAAAUAUUUGUUCCCUAUUUGUUACUUCCUACGUGUUCAUAAAUAAGUACAUUUGUAAUUUUUUUUCUAUAUUAAAUGAAAAAUUGACAGUAUUUUAAUAAUACCUACAAGAUUAAUGAUUAUUAUCAUGAGCAAAUAUCAUCGAGAUAGAUAAGAAUAUACUGCCCAUAUAGACUAUAGAGUAAUUCUAUGGUAGGUAGUAUUACUCUGUAACCAACUCAUGAAAACGGUAUCAGUAGGGUUGUGAAUUUGUUGGAAAGAAAAUUUUUUUUUAGCUAAUUAUAAAGAUUAGCUUUCUAUAAAAAAAAAAAAAAAAAUAGAAAAGAAUUUGAAUUAUGUAACAACAAAUUCAUUUAUGAAACUUUUAUUUUACAUAUUUUUAUGUUUUUAAUUUUUAAGGUAAUUUUGGACUUUUUAAAUCAUAUUUUUCUUUUUAGUUCAUUUUGUAGUAUUUUUAAUUAAAUUCUGUCAAUUAACAUCUGUACACACAUAUUUUUUGUUUUACACAUGCUGUAUACGGGUUAGAUAAAAAUAAGGAUUCGAUAAAAUAAGGCAAUAUUGUUUAAAUUAAUUAUUUGUGGGCUUGCUAUAUAUUGAUAUCAGUAUACUAUCAAAAUAAAUAUAAAAAUUAAAUUAAAAACUAUAUUUUAAGUGUGUUUUUUGAGACUUUAAAUGCAUGUUUUGUGAAUUUUUAAAGUUUCCAUUACAUUAAAUUCACAACCCUAUUUAUCAGUAAACAGUUUGCUCGUGGUUAUGGCGGCAAAACAUGCCUUUUAACAAUAUUUUUCACGAGUUUGUAUAGUUCUGAUUUAUUUUUAUUAUCAUAAAGCCAUAAAGUUAUAAAAUAUGUUCUGAGAACUUGUGGUUUUAAUCUGUUGUUUAAGUUGAUAAGUUAAUAUAAGGAAAGAAAACUAUAAUGGAUAAAUAUUUUUUUUAGUGAAGUUCGGCUUUCAAAAACUAUAUUAGAUACGUAUGUUAUUAUAAUUUUCAUUAAUAUUUUUGUUGAGUUAUUUUAUUUAAAGCUAUUACACAAAGAUAAGUGUAAAAACAUGGUAUUGUUAAAAAAUAAAAAUAUAUGAAGUUCCUAACACUGUUUAUGAAUAUAGGUACCUAUUCCAUUUUAUACUAUUAAUUUAAAGUUGUAUGAUUUAACUAUGAGUUAUUAAAAUUUGUUUGAUUAUUUAUUGUGAUUAAAAUUUUUACAAAAAUAAAUAAGUAAGAAUCAUUUAAAUUGUAUUAAAAAGAUUCAAAGAAAAAUUUUUAAUAACAGUAAGUUGUUAGGAAACAUUUUUAUUUAUAGGUCACUUUUUGGUCACUUUUUUGAUUAAAUUUGGUUACUAAAUUACUUUUCUUUGGCGCCUUAACGUUUUUAAACGUAGUGAGAAAUGUAUUACAUUACUAAUAUUACAAAACUAGUAUAGGUCUAGUUCAAAAAAUAAUAAUUUGAUGUCAAUAAAGUAUACUGUAUUAAUUUUAAGUGUUUAGAUAAUACAGUAUCUUUUGAAUAUUAUUAUUAUUUAUUUUUAUUUAUAUUUUUGGUAAAAUAAAUGUCUAGUUUCUGAUAAUUUAUUUUGUAUAAAUAAAUUGUGUUACAUAAAAAUUAUAAUAUUGGCACCAAACGAUUAAAAGAUAUAUUUAAUAUAUGUAUAAAGAUUUAUUAAUAUAAUAAUUAAACUGGUUUUUUUAAAUGCCAUCAGACUAAGAUUUUUAUUGUGUAAUCAUUAAAAAGGAAUAAGAGGAAAUAAUAUAUCUAGGUAAAUAAUAGUUUUUUAAAUAGUUAGGCCAUGUACCUAUAUUCAUACUGACCGCAUUGCAUUAAUUAAACUUUGUAGUAUAAAAAGUAGGUACCUAUUGUAAAAUAGGUAAUAUUAUGUAAAAUAAUUUCAAUUGAUAUGCUACUACAAUGCAUAUUAUUAUUACUUAUUAUUAUUUCUAUGUUGACAUGAAUAAAAAACAAAAAGAUAUUAUCUUGUACUGAUAGUUUUAAUUUUAGUACCUACUUAAUUACUUAUUAAUCAAAUAAUUUAUGUAUUAUUUAUUCAGUAAUUUUGAUUAUUUGAAAUAAUACUAAAAUAAAUUAGGGAUCAAUAAUUAAUUGAUGUUUCUAGGUAUUGUAGCCAAUAUAUCUUAACCAGAAUUUUCACAACUAUAAAAUAAAGUAUAUAAUUAAAAAAAAAAUGCCUUGAUAUUAUUUUUGAGUAAAUAGUAAUUCUUCUAAAAGUGUCAAAAUCUGAAAAUCUUUAAAAAAAAUAAACUGAAAAACUUAGAGUAAUACAUUUUCUAAGUGUUUGUAAAUUUAACAUUAAAAAUUAAAAAUAUAAGUAAUUUUUGGACAUCACACACUUAUACAGUGAACUGAGACAGAUGUCUUUGCCAUUAUAUAACUUAUCAUUUCUAAAAUAUAUAUAAAUAAAAAAAACUUUUAAUUUUUUAUUAAAUAUGAGAGACUAAUUUGAUAAUUUUUUAUCUUGGUUUUUUAUACAUUUAUAAGAUAAAAUAAUAUAGUUAGGUACUAUUCAAAUAACCAUCAGGUAUACAUGUAUAAUUAAAAUAAACGAUAUUUAAAUAUAAAAUAAAUCAAAGCAUUGGAAGUCUAUACAUAAUUUACGAGAUAUUCAAUUUUUUUUUUUUUUUGUAUUUAAUUUACUUUAAAAUUUAUAUUUUAAUAAUUUCAAAAUAAAUUAAUAUUUUACAAUAAAUAUUUUCAAAACAUUCAUUAUUUUUACUAUUAAAGUAUUAAAAUUGUCUUUAUUUUUUUUUUUCUGAAAAUUUAAAAUGCAUUCAAUUAAAUAAAUGCAAUUGUUUGAAAAUAAAUUAUUAUAUAGAUUACCAUUAGAAAAUUAGAAGUCAGUAUUGGGUAUACUGCUAAACAUAAAAGUGAACAAAUCAAAGGUUAUGUAAUAAUUUGGAACUGUGUGUACGUAUUUUAAAUUAUAAUAUUAUAAUGUUUUUAAGGCUUUAUUGAAUGUAAUAUUAAAUUUUCUGUUUUUAAUUAUAUUACCUAAUCAGCAAAAAUAAAAUAAACAUUUUAGUAUGAACUUUCUUAUUUCAGUAGAUACUUAUAUCCUAUUAUAUCUUAAUAUUUAUUAAUAGUUAAAAGAGAAAACCAUUUUAAAUUAUAAAAAAUAAUAAUAACGGAAAUUGCUCGUCAUACGAGUUAUACAAUAAUAAUACAUCAGCAAAGAACAUAUUUUGAAUUUAUUUGUGUGUACCAAAAUCACAGAUAGAUAACUAAAUAUAAGGGCUAAUAGUCCACAGGUUGUAUUCUAUAUUAAAAUAAAAAAAUUAAUUUAAUUACCUUAUUACAAAUACAUCAUCAAAAGUUAUAAAAAUAAAAUAACAUUACCUAUAUAUAAAUGGUUUCAUUGAUUUUAUUUUAAUUAUUACCAUACAUAACCAGUAAUUUCAAUUAAUUAGUCACAUAAACGUUUACAAAAAAAAAAAAAAAAAUGAAGUAGAUAAAUUACUUUUAUUUUAAUACACCUACUAUGAUUAUAAAUGAAAUAUUAUACAACAUAUGUAGUUGAUAUUUAAUUAAUUAUAUUUCUUUAAAAGCUUUUUGAUUUGACUACUUAAGUAGCAAUACUAGUAGAUAUUAGUACAUUUAAUUUCAAAAAUCUUUAAAAGUUUUUAUCUGUUAUGAUUUUUUUUUUUUUCUUCAACAUUUUCUUCUAAUUUAUGUCUCCAUUUUGAUCAGCUAAUAAUGUAAUUUGCUAUAUAAAAAUAUUGCCAUUUCUACACCAAUUCUCAAUUGUAUAUUGAAAUGUAUACAGUAUAUAAUUAUAGAGGUUACCAAUUUGAAUUGUAAAAUAUUAGUGUUGUUAUCCCUCGUGUAUUGUUCAUUAGGUAGGUACCUAAUAGUAUCAUUCAAAUUGGCAAUUUGACAGUUGUUAAACAAAUAAUUGAUGACCAGAGAAUACAAAUGCUUUUAAUAAGUAGUAUUAUAAUAAAUAUAUAUAUAUAAAUAAUAAAUAAUAAAUUGCUUUAUAUUAAUUAUUAUACAAAUAGAAUAUUGUUUCAUUUUUUUUCUCAGGCAAUUUAAGUUAUAAAUAUUAUUAAAUCAUAAUGGUCUAACAAAAACUAUAGAAAACCACAUUAUAGCCUUAUAUAAAUAUUUAUAAAGACCUAACAAUUUAACUCAAAUAUAUUUUUGUAAUAUUUAUCAAUCUAUGAUGUGAUGGUGAACUGUGAAAAUAUUAUGAUAUUAAAAAACAUUAUCCUAAAAUAACAAUUAUCUUAUCAUCUAUAAAUCUUAAUAAACAUAUUCUAUUUUAAUGAAUCUGAUCAAUAAACAAAUAAUUUAUGUUUAUUUACUCGGUUAAAUUAUUGUAGUGCUUCAAUUUGUAUUAUUUAUCUGAAUUUAUUAUUUCUAGUAAAAGAUAAUAAACAUUAAUAAAUAACUAUGUAGGAUAGUGUAAAUAGGUAAAUUAAAUAUGUGUUUAAUAUUUUUAUCUUUGGCUGUAUAAUUUUUCAUUCAUAAGUUAUUGAUUUUUUUUCAUUUUUCUCUGUAUGCUAAUAUAUUGCUUUUUUAGUUAUGAAAUUAGAUAGGUAAAUUAUUUGUUACGUGAUGUAUUACUCAAAAACGAAGUACAUAAACAGGAUGAUCAACAUAACUUAUCAACACUUAUUAUCUGGAGAAAUUAGAUAUUUUUGAAAUUUGUUUUUUUAGAUAAUUUAAGAAUAAUGAGCUCUAAAAUGUUACAUUUCGGUUAUCUUUUCGUCUCUCUUAUUUCAAACGGUGAAAUUGCUGUAUACGUUUUGUUUUUAAAUAGCAACUUUUACUAAAAAUUCCACAAACAGUAUUAGUUUCCAUAAAUUGUGGUGUUGACAUUUUUGAUUUCCGUUUUUCCGUUAACAAAAUAUUUCACUUUUAAGUUUAAAUAGAGAGAGUGGUGGAACAUAUCUAUUUAUGAAAUUUUUAUUGUAGGUUGCCGUUUGAAUAUUAAAAAUAGGUAGUGGUUCACCCCCUGAAAAAAAAGUAACAAAAAUAACAUUUUAGAGCUACUUUUUUCUUAAAUAUUCUAAAAACUAAAUUCCGAAAAAAGUUAAUACUUUCCUAGAAAAUUAGUGUCCUACAAUAUGAUGUUGAUCACUCUGUAUAUAAUGCGAACCUAAAAUCAAUAAAAAUGCAUUGUGUGCCACACAAUCUAUUAUAAAAUUAUUAUAUGAAUACAUCAUAUAUUUAGUUGAGUAAUUAUAAACAAUUUAUUUUUCUUUCUAUAUACGAUAUUUGUACUUUGUCUCGAACGUAAUAUAUUAAUACCACUUGAAAUCAUAUUUUGAUUUUACAAUGGGUUUUUAAAAUAAUCGGGAACCCUGGAAAAAAAAUUAUAUAUAUAUAUGUAAAAUGGCCAAUAUAAUUUUUACAAACUAUGUUUUCUACUAGAAAUACUGCUUUAGUAGGAAAACCACAAUUGACCUUUUUUGUUGCUUUUUGGAUCUAUGUAGAUGCUCACGAAGAAAGAUCCAUUUCUAUGGCCUCCCAUAUGAGAAUUUUCGAAAACCGAAUAUACCAGAUGUUUGUGCUCUGUUUGGGUCCAGUAGUUUGUGCCCCUUUUCUAUUUCUAUCAUUCUAUAUUUGACCAAACUUCUCUCGAAGCUUUGGUCUAUUCUACGGUUAAAAGAAGUUUCAACUACCUAAUAAUUAACUCUCAACCAGAAUUUCGUUCAAGCAAGUUCACCUUAUAAUUCAAAUGUCUGUAAAAUAUAAAAGACAAACAUACUUCGCCACAUGGGUGGGCUUACUCUGUUGUAGGUGAGAAGUUGGAAGGUAGAUGGGAUAUUUCGUGUAUAUCUGUAAGCAACGAUAAAUCAUUGCUAACAAACAAACGAUUCUGAACGGAGUUCAGUUGAUAGUGUUGUUUUGUCAACAAUACAAUAUAUAGUAUAUAUCAUAUUAUGGUAAAAUGAUUAGAACAAUGUGCGUUUCCCUGACAACGAUUUUUUAAAAAAGAUAAAAAUAAUAAAAAAUAAAUAAAAACGGUUGCCAAUGACAACCUUAUUUUUAAUCUUUCAAUCUUUUCAACUUAAAGACCGACGUUUUCCAAAUUGUCUCAAAUAUUAAUGAGAAUCUCAAAAAUUGACCUUUCUAAAGUACCACCCAAGGAACAUUUCCUUUUAGAAAAAAUAUUCACAUAAAACAAAAAAACAAACAUCAUUGUAAAAUUAAUACAUUCCUCGUUCCACUUAGAAUCUAAAAUAAAGCAUUAUUUUCAUAAAUUUCCCGUUUUUUUUAUAUUUUAUCCUGGUUUUUCCCAGAUAUUAUGAAAUAGGAAAAUCAAAAAAAUAAACUCCUAAAAGUACCAUCUGUACAACCAUUCCAUUUCAGAUGGUUCCGCGCGUAUAUAUCUGAGCAAGAUUUCUAGUAGAAUAUUUGUAACAUAGUAUAUAAAAAAAAAAUAUAUAUAUAUCUUAAUAAAACCAAUACAUUUUUCACUACACUUCAGGAUCUGAAAUAACAGUAUACACAAUUAUAUUUUUCAAUAUUUUAUUUUAUUUUGCUAAUCAGUAAUCACGUAUAUAAAUAGUAUUUUUUGUUUUGUACGAAUCAAUAAAAUAAAUAUAUUAAAACUUGCAAUGCGCGAUAGAUAGGCAGCAGGAGACUGUAUCCAUGCUCACUACCUCAUCGUAUCGACAAUCAGCCCGUGGAUUUUCGGUUUCAUGAGAGAGAACGCCUUUUAUCAUGAUAAAUUAAAUAGGUAUGACAGCAAAAAUUCUAUAUUCAUCGUGUUUACGUAUAUUCCUUCCCCCCGACUUCUCUCCGUCUACAUUUGUGACUUAAGCUUUUCGGCUAAUCCUAUUGCUUGUAAUAUUUACAUUAAAAUUAUUGUGUAAUACCUAUAAUAAAGGCGAUUAACCACGUUUCGUCUGUAAGAGACAAAUUAAUUGUUGAAUUUGAAUUUCCUAUUUAUUAAUUAUAUUAUUUUAUUAUUUGUCUAUUGUUAUUUAAUGAUACUGCUAAACACUAAAAAAUAAACUAAAAAAAAUGUACAUUUUAAAGCUAUCUAUGUUUAUUUUUUUUAUGUGUCUACCUAAUAAAUAUGGAUAAUUACCUGCAUUUGUUUAUUUAUACAAUAUAUAUACAUAUUAUAUUAAUUGAAAUACCUGUGUGUAUGUAUUUCUCUAAGCAGAAACGUAAAAUAAAAUUAUAAUCAGGCAUUUAUUGCAAAUCACAAUUAAUUUUUUUGUAUUUCGUAUUGUGAUUACAGUAGCCGAAAAGCCUACCUCACACGCGGCGUAUCCCAAAGUUGCUGACAUACCUAUUUAAUUUAUCGUACAUUUCAUUAUCUCAUAAGUCAUGAUCGGCCGUAGUGUGCAUAUCGCUUUGGUAUAAAAUUAAUGAUGUCGCCGUUGUCAUCGUAUCGUGCUCCAGACACACCACCGUCUUAUGGGUGCGCGUACUUACGAGCUAAUUAUUAUUUUAAGCUACUGUUUUUUUAUAAAUGUGUAUAAACAAAAAGAUAAUACACUUCGUUUUCUAUCAUAGCUUGAAUCGUUUUAGAAACAUGAUUACUUUUUAUGUUAUUAAAUAACUACAUAUAACUAUAGUUUAUAAUAACCUACAAUAAAUAUAAUAUACCAAUUUAUGAACAAUUAAAACUUCAGUAUGUAAUUUUUUGGAAAUGUUUUGUUUGAUUUAGGUGUUAAUGUAACACAAAAGAUGUUAAAGGUAUAAUAUAUUAUCUACAUAAUAUUUUUUUAUUGUAAUCCCGAAUAAAAAUAAUAGAAAAAUAAAUAAUAUUGUAAUAAGUACGAAUAUUGUUACUAUUUUAUAAUUCCGAUUUCCGAUGAUAAACAUCGUGCGUCGUCAUCAUAUAUCUAUUUUUUAAUUUUUCGUGGGAAAAACCAAAAAUACAGAAAAGUUGACAGUAAUAUUAUUUUCAUUAUUUUUUCGAUUUUGUUUUUGUAUUGUAAAAUAUUUAGAAAUAAUUGCUGAGAAUCUUAAAAUAAAAUUUUAAAAAACCAGUGCUGUGUACCAAUUUAUUGUUAUAUGAUUUAAAAAAGAAUGCAUCUAUAUUAAAAUAAUAUUAUUUUACAACAUUUAAUAAAUUAUCAAAAAUCAUCUAAUAAUUAAGCUAUUGAAAAAAAUAAUGAAAUAAGUAGGCCAUCCAAUUGAUUUAAAUUGUUUUCAAAAUGUGUGUUUAUUGUAUAUUAUAUAAGCAUAAACAAAUGUAUUUUGAAACAAGUUACAAAAAUAAUUUUAUUGAAGUAAUGUAAAAAGAAAUUCGAAAAUCACGAAAGUAAAAUUAAAGCCUUUUUGAAAAAAAUCUAGUAAUGUAGAACAAAUUUCCAAAGUCUUAACAUUUUAAUUACAUAUCAAUUUUUAUUUUAGCCUCUAAAAAGAAUUUACUAAACAAAUAUUAAUGUGCGAUUAAAUACCAUCUUUAUCUACGUCACCAGGAUCUAACCCCCUCAGUUUACACCACUAAGUAUAAUAACAUAUUGUACGCGUGUUUAUAUUAUGGGUAAUUUAUAAUUAUAUGACAUAAUAUAAUAUAUGCGUAUAAUAUGACGACUCGUAACGUGCUGGUUUGUCAUUGAAAGUGUAGAAGUAUAGAUUAGUAACUAAUAAAUAAUAAUAUUCGCACAUAAACUUUUCAUUCUAAAUUUCUAAUAUUUUUAUUCGGGGGUUUGAAUAUAUUAUAUUAUAGUGCCGUUAUUUAUAAUUAAAACUAGUAAAUGAUAUGUAUAUCACUAUCUAUAAAGCAAACAAAUAACAUGAAAAUAAUUUAUCUUAUCGAUAAGAAUAUUUUUUUCCGUAGUUUGCUGUAUAUCCGUAUAAAAUAUAAAUAAGAACGUUGCACCCUCGCGCUCCGCGCGCACAAUUCAUAGCGCUACGGGUUGUGUUGUAGUGGAAUUCACGGUGACUUGGAGCAGCACUUGAUGGCAUAAAAUAUUUAAUUAAAUUUAAAUUUUUACAUUAAAACUGUUUCGCGCGGGGUGAGAGUUAUUAUUUACACAUUUACGGAGGUACGACGCCCUCUUAAUCAUAUUAAACAAAUGAACAGAUCUGAUACUAUGAAUAAAUGUGUCACAAUAUAGGACAGCUACAUAAAGUAUUUAAUUUGACUUACUAUAAAGUACCAAAAAUGAAAAAUCGAUUACUAUUUAAAUUAUUAUCAUCACUAAGUAAUAUUCGUACUACUAGUAAUUAUUAUGAGACCAAUAUAUUAUAUUAUAUCGAAUUGUAUAAUAUAUAUACUUACCUACAAAUAUUAUACAGCUUAUCUAUAGGAUUAGUUAUGUUAUAAUAAUAUUACCUAUCCUACAAUAAUUACACGUUUUAUGAUGUUAAAUAAGCGUUUUGAUAUAAUUUAAUUAAUUUUCUUUUGAUUGAAGCUAUUAAAAGUGACCUAAUUGUUAUCUUAUUCAGUUAAGAUCACAAGCAUCAGAGGCCACUAUUAAUUUUCCCGACUAAUAUUAAUUAAUAAUUAAAAUUAUUAUAAUAUAAUAAAUAUUAAUUUUCCGAAAAUAACCAUACUAAUAAUAAGUAAUAAGUAGGUACUAAUUCAGUACUAAAUAAUGGUAGUAUAUAUAGUAUUUAUAUUGUACUGAUACUGCGGCCGUUGUGGACAAUUUCGAAAAAUCCAAUAUCUUGUUGAAAAAAUGAAGCAGUACUUUUGCAAAUAUCGUUGACCAGCACUAAUUCGGCACUAAAUAUUGGUACUGAAGAAAAAAUUAGCGAUCAGUGUCCGUCCGUUAACUUCACGGACUUUAGCGAUAUCGACUAAACUAAUAAUGACAUUAUCAUGCGGUUGUCUCCCCCUCCCCCGUAUAUUUUUAAAAAUCUGAUGCGUAUUAAUUAAAAAAAAAAAGAGGAGAUAAAUUGUUUAUAACUUUAGAUUUGGUAAAUUUACACAUUUUAUAUGUUAUUCUUACAACCAUUUCAUAAUCAUUAUAUUACCCCUCACGCAGUAUCUAAAUUCCUCCCCCCCCCUCGUCGGUAAAAACUGUUCUACGGAAGUAUUCGUGUUUUAAAAAUAUAGUUCUAUUCUAGUGGCUCGAUUCAAUAUGGACAAACGUGAAAGAAAAAAAUAUAUUUAGUGCUAUUCAUGGAAAUUAUAAUAAUGCGCUCGUUUGAGAGGAGACUCUUGUACGCCCUUUUUUGACGAUAAGAAUGUGACGCGACGCUUUACAAUGAAAAUACAGUGAUCUAUUCUGGACGUAUAAUCACGUAGCACUCGAAUGCUGUUUUAUCUUAUUGACCUUAUUUUUUUUUCACGAUUUUUACGGCGGCGUCGCUGCGUAACAGUUGUUUAAAUAUACGAUGGGACUUUUCUCCGAAAACCCGCAUUUUUCGCAAUAAAGUGUAUAAUAUAAUUUUUUUUUUUUUUUUUUUUUCAUAAAAUUCGCAUUAAAUUAAAAAUGUAGUCGAAAACACAAUUAUUUUUGUUAAAAAUAGUAUAUUUUUUCCUCUUCUCUUUCUCAUUCAUUCUCAAUAUUUGCGGUACAUAUUAUAUAAUUAAAAAUAUUUUUAGGGGAAAAUAUACAUUUUAAAAAUGAACAUCAUUUUUCCAAAAAUAAUUAGCAAUACUUUUAAUUUUAUUUUCUAUUUAUAAUUUGGCUCUUCCUACAUCAUAUUUUUUAAUUUUACACUCUUGCGCUAUGAAUUCGCACACUCGUUAUAAAGCUUCCAUCGAUUUAAACGGUUUUUAAAUUAAUUUUAUAUCGAACUAAUAGAACGAUAGAGGUGACCUUUAAGGUGAUGCAGUUGAUAAAAGGUCAUUAUUAUUCAUUGAUCAUUAUUGGGAAAUACGUAAAUUCAACAAUUACAGGUACUUUAGAUGAAAAAUAAAACACGUAUAUCUUAAUAUAAAUUUCAUUUUAUAUACAGAAUGGGACUCUUGGUUUCAAAAACGAAACUAAUUUAAAUGCUAUAAUAAAUAUUAUUACAUUUCUUAUCAAUAUGUAUUACGUUAAAAAAAUGUUUAUUUAUUUUUUCCAAGAUUUUUUGUUUGUUUUAUUAUGUCUGCCAAAACAGAUUAUUAUUAACGUAAUCAUUUUUAAAACGUAAUUUAAACAAUAUCCUUACGACGAACCUUUGUGAAAUGUCUACACCGUUGAAAUUUUAUAUUAAAUUAUAAAAGUACGAUCACUACUAAUCAACAACGUAUAUGUACAUUGUGUUAAAGAAUAUUAUAAACACGUAUUACAAAAAUCGGAGCGCAAAUAAAAUACGUCAUGUUUUAGAUAAAUAAUAUAGUUAAUCGAUUAAAUGAUUAGAUAUUCGUAUUCAUUUCAUUGUACACAGACGGUAUUAAAUUAUAUUUUUACUAAAAAAGAAAAAAUAAUAAUAAUUAUCCACAGAUUCUUAGGAAAAUACAUUCCGAAUAAUCUAUAAUUAUUAAAAAAAAAAGUCCGAUAAAAAUAUUCAAUAUUAAUCGCUCGUCAAAUAUCUAUUACUUAUCUAAUUCAUACUAUAAUAUUUACGAUUCCGUAACAAAAUAACGAAGUUGUCUCUAGUCAAACCACAAAAUAUUAUUUAUCAAGUAGUCCGUCUGGUUUUUUAUUUUCCAUACGAUUUCUUAUCUAUAUGAUUAUAUAUAUAUAAUAUACAUGGUGAUUUUUUUCCCUUUAUAAUACCUAACCCGCGAUAUUCCGUCUUAAAAACUCGCGCGGCAAAUUUGCAGAAACAACUUUGUGUCGUCAGAUAUUUUAAUAUUAGAGCGAACGGAAGUAUUAUAUCAAACUUAAACGAGAUAUAUGUGUAUGAAAUAUCACCAUUUAAAAACUCGUAUAUAAUAUGCAGUUGUAUCCCGUUUAAAAAUUAAAUUACCGAGAAAUCAACCGAUUACUGUUGAUAGUUGCGCGAAUUUCGUAUUUUGAAGUUUGAUAACAGCCGGUAAAUUCACUCCAAUGGCAUAAUCUACAGCACGGGGUUAAUAUAUUGUCGCCGCUGAACGCGCAUAAUAAUAAUUAUAAACGAUGAUAUAGAACGCUGCAGUUCGAUAUUUUCAAAAACAUAUUUAGAUACGCGUAGUAAUACACCGACAAACGUAAUAAAACCGUACAAGUUGUUGUAACAUAAGAACAAAUUAAAAAGACGGACAUACUUCCCACGUGAGUGGGCCACUGUUUGUAGUUGAGAAGUUAGGAAGGUAGAGGAGAAAUUGAAUGUAUAUCUGUAUGCAACGGUUAACCAUUGCUAACGAAAAACGGUUCUGAGUGAAGUUCAGUUAAUAGUGUAUCAACAAUAUAUAUCUCACUUUAUGGUAAAUAUAUUUAUAUUUUCUUUGAUAUUUGUUUAAUAUUAUAUCGAUUUUUCCCGGUUUUUGCUGGAAAAUUCCUGGGAAAAUCAAAAAAUGACCACCCUAGGAAAAUUCCCUUUCAGAAAAAAUGCUUGAUACUUUGAAGCAAGAUUUCUGGUUGAAUUUUCGCACACAGUUUGUACAACAUCUUUGUAAAACCGAUACAUUCUGUACUAAGAUUCUAAAACUGUACGGAUAGAAAGAGGACGUCAUACCCGCUGUGCUGUCUCAGUCCAACUAACGGGCUAUAAAGCAAAUCUAUCAUACACAACAUGCGUAAAACUUGCUUAAUUUUGGUUUUAGAGUAAAACCACCUAUUAUAAAAUGAAAAAUAAGACAAUAUUCCGGAAGGCAAGACAAGGCUGCGUUUUUCCUGUUAUUCUAAUUAUUAUUCCGAAUAUAACGUUCAAUACAUCGUGUCAUAAUUUAGUAAUAAAGAGUAUUCAUCGUUUUAAAUCUACUGUAAUCUUUCAAUAAUGAAACGUCAUCGUCUUGUCCUCCGGAAUAACGUCUUCUUUUAAUUUUACAAUAUAGGUGAUUAAUGAUUAUACUCUAAAACGAAAACUAAGCGAGUUCUACGCAGUCUGUGUAAGGUAAAUUUUGCUAUGUUGUCUGUUGGACCGAGACAACACACCGUAUAACGUCCUCUUAAGUGUUGUUCGUUAUUCGAAAAUAAUACCAACUGGUUUAUAAUAUUAUUAUGAUUCAUAAUUAUGAUGAUACCACAAGAACCGCCGGAGUAUAGCUCGCGAGCUGUAUUUCAUUGCGUUACUUUUCUAUGAAAAAUACAAAAUUGUAAUUGCCUGAUUUAAUUAUUUUUAUUUAUUAUUAUAUAUAAAAUAUGUAUUAUACUACAGUAUUAGUAGUGUGCGUCCGUACCUAUAUCAUAAAUACGAAUUUUCGACCUGUAAUGUACUUACACACUGAUACCAGCAGGGUUAGGGUUUAUCAAUGUCAAGGCGUCCUUGGAGUAACUACCUAUUUUUUACGCGUCUUGUACUUUAAACGCAUCGAGCAGAUUUAAAAUUAUUAUUAUUUUUUUUUUUUUUUUUUAAUACCUAAUAUGUAUCUGCAUACUACUAUUACCCACGCAGGUAUACAUAAUAUAUUUAUAAUCGUAUAACAAUUAUUAUUCGUUUAUUUCGUGUUGUUGAAUUAUUAUUAUUUCAAGUUUAUAAACUCAAUAACGUAUAAAAGUUGCGACGGUAAAUAUUAUUCGUGAUGUUUGUUGUGACGACCUUUCUAUAUCGAUCGGUACAAUUGGUAUUUUUUCACCUUAUAAAAUCAUUGCUCUCAUUUAUAAUUUUAUAUUUUCUGCAUAUUAUAGACUCUGUAUAAAUAUGUAUCUGUAAUACGUGGAUAAUAUUUUUAUUAUUAUUCCAAGUCUACGAAACGAUAAAAAUAAAACAGGAGUAGGUAAACUUCUUCCGGCAUUGUAUAGAUAUAUUAUUUUCUCCGCGCCCUUACAUAAUAUUGUUAACUUGACCACUUUUUACUUUCUCUUUUAUAUAUGGUAGCUGCAGUCUGCACGUAUACACACGCAUAACUUCGGAGUGAAAUCGGACAGAGGUUCAAGGUUUAUUCGAAUUGAAUUAUUAACAUUAAUAAUAUCCGUCUUUUGACGAUUAUUAUAAAUUAAUAACAAAGUAAUUAUUGUUUUUGGUUUACCCUGAGUAUAGAAGUACUUGAGUAUGGGUACCUAAAAGAAAAUAUUUCGAUUUGCAUUUAAAAUGCUGAAUAAAUAUGUAUCGACUUACUAACAUUUAAUGCUAUCUAAAAUUAGUAUUGAUAGUUUGAAGGAGAAGAAAAAUAUUCGCGAAUGAAUCAUUAAUUUUUAUUUAUUAUCCGGAAACGUAUAAAAUGACGAUGAUCUUCAAUUUUUUUUUUUUUUCAUAAAUUAUAACCCGCGUUGUAACGUAUAAUACAGUAUAGUGUAAAAAUACGCACAUGACCCUAAAUUGUUUUAAACUUGAUACAAAUGACUCCUGCGAAAUAUUCAUAUAAUACCUAUAAUUAUGAUAAUAUAUUUAUAAGUACAAUUAAAUUUAAAAUGUUUACAUUUUUAUUUUUCAUCACGCUCCUUGCGUGUCCUGUCUUACCCAAUUUAACCAUAGAACAUUAACAUUAAACAUGGUGUAUAGUUCAGUGUAUACCUACUAACAUAUAAUAUUGAUUAUAUAGUCUACCUACAGUAACCUAUUAUUUAUUCCGAAUAUCUUUACUUAGUACAGAAUAUGUAUUAUUCCCUGUUUAAUUAUAAGAAACAUACAGUUGAUUUGGAAAUUGCAAGUGGGCGCAUAAAUUAAAAUGUAGGAUAUACAAUACAUUUUAUUUGUAUUUAACAAACCGAAGAAUUUCAAUUUAAUUACUUACAACAUCGAUAAUAUACCAAAAUAUAAUAAUUUGGGGGUUGCAUUACAAUUUAUUUUUUUUAACUCACUAAUAUAUUCUUGCUUGUAUACGUACCUACGCAAAACUAUUAAUUAAUGAAUUUUUAUUAACAGCUUUUCUAUAAAUUUAGAAAAUUAUGAUGACCUUGUUGUAUUUUGACAAGGUCAAAGAAGAGCGCAUACCACUAUACCCGUUUGUUAAUCAUUUCCUACAUAGAGACUUAAAAUUAUAUAUUUAUAUGAAUUAAUAACAAAACAAGAUUAUUACAGUAGUAGGUAUAUAUUCUUACGAUACAUGUUAAAAAUAUAUACUGGUUUAAAAUUCGUCCCGACCAUUCGAAACUUAUAUAAAAUAGCUUACCUACAUUGUGUUCUUAAGAGUGCAUUGUGUAGUUGGCUUGUUGCUUUAUGGUGAACUAGAGUUACAAGUUUUAAUGAUGACCUCGACAAUUAAUUUACAGGCAAGUUUAUGGCGGUCGGCCUUUAUCGAAAACUAGCCGCGCACGAAUAUUUUUAUGUUUUAUUUAUAAGUAAACAUUUAUAAUACAUAUACUUAAAUAUUAUUUUCCUUAAUGAAUGAUCUUUAAUUAAGAUUUUAAAGAUUCCGUUAGUUCAGAUUCGUUAUUCACAAAUUCGUGAUUUGCACACUGUUUUAGAUUCAUGGAUUUGCGUCACAAAAAUGUAAUUUUAUAUAUAUUUGCUAUUUAGUUUGUGUUUAUGUGUUUCCACGGGUCCACACAUAGUUACAAUUAUUUACCGUAAAGAAAAAAAAAUUAUAAAUUAUUUGAGAAUUUUGCCUUAGCAAAAAAAAAAAAGCUGAUACUGCUGAUGAGUUUAACCAUUGUUGUAGGGGGGAAGAUAGAAAACAAAGUUAUUUAAUUUAUAUAUUCAUGCAACGAUAAGUCAAUGCUAACAAAGUAAAUUUCUGAGAUAAGUUUAGUUAAACGUGUCUUUGAUUCCCUUUGAUUUUUACGAUUUUCUUCUAAAUUUGAAAUUAAAAUGUUUAAAAACUCAAAAAUGCCAAAUACAUGUAAAUAACUGAAAAUCAUGAGAAUAUAUUGAACAAUUUACAGCGUCUAGGGCAAUAUUUUGCGAAAAUUUCGGGUUCCUACGAAUAUUUUUAUUGAAUAAAACAUAAAAUCGAAAUUAAUCAAAUCAGUAUUGUCUUAGCAUUCCUGUUUUUCCUAAUUAUUAAAUAGAUGACAGAGGAAAUAAAAAAAUGACCUUCUCAAUACUAUCAAUAAACACAUUUUUUUAGUUUGGAGCAAGAUGAUGUCUAAUAAAAAAGUUAUUUAACAGAUACAAAAAAUAAAUAAUCACACGUAGUUUUAAAAAUUGAUCCGCUCUGAAUCUAAAACAUAAAUUUACAAUACUACUAUCAAUAUUAUUAUAUUUUAUCCUCAUAUAUUACUGAGACGUUGUUUUAAAAUGUGAUAGUAGUUUAAAUCACAAACACAAGGGUGACAAAAAAAUGAGGAUAAUGUAACAUUUUAGAGCUGCUUGUUUCUAAAAUCGAUCAACAAAAAAAAAGUAUACUUUUAGAGAUUAUGAUAAUUUUAUAAUUUAUACUGACUAACUUACCUGCUAACCUCGACCUAUUUUUAAUGUACGAUAUUAGUGUAUUGUGUAUUUUGUUUUCGCUUUAUAGGAAUAUUAAAUUAAAAGUGAGGGUUGGUGUUUAAAAAUAAAUGCAAAACAUUGAAGAUAAAAAAAUAUUGAAAUUGAUACUGAAUAGAACUGCGGAUAAGAUAGUUUCGUGGUAUUUUGAUAAUAUUAUGGUCGAUCUUGUGCUUAUAUAAUAUUAAAUUAUACUAUAAAUAUUAUAAUGUGUAGUUAAUAUAUAUAUUUAUUAGAAACAGAUAAGUUUUAAAAAUUUCGUAGUAUCGUUAAAAAUUGUUUGCAUUUCUAUAAGGUCUACAUUAGUAUUCCGUGAAAUAUUUGUAAUUAUUUUUCCGGCAUUCAUAAUUCUUUUUAAAUUUAAGUUUACGUUUUAAUGAGUUUAUGAUAUAAAUAUUUAUGGUUGAAUAUUUCAUAACGUGUUUUUAACUAGGUAUGUAUAUUUUUUUUCUGUGCAAAAACUACUGUAACAACUAUUUAAGGAUAUUUACUUAUUUUCAACAACUACAAAAAAAAAAAUCAGUGUACCACUGUUUUAAUUGAGAAGGUAGGAUACAUAAAGUUAUUUAAUUUAUAUUUACAUGAGCAAAGAAAACCAAUUCUGAGUGAAGUUUGGUUGUACAUAUUUUGAAAUGCUAUAAGUUUUAAGAUUUUCGUCAAAAAUUGAUCUUGAACUUAAAGUAUCAACCCUAAAAGAAUAAAAACAUAAACAAAUAUAAAAACACAGUGAAAUUAAUGCAUUCUUCGUUACGUUCAAAAUCUAGAAGUUGAUGAGUUGUUCUUAUUAUAUCGUUGUUAAUAAAGUACCCUGUAUCAGUGUUUAUUGAGACGCAAAAAACGAGUUUUGAAAUAAAAUUUUGUCAUUGGUUUAAUCAAAUAUUUAUAAAUGGUCUCAAGUUACCUUUUUUUUUUAGUUAACUAUUUUUUCAUAAAAUUAUCUAUUAUCUUCCUUUAAUAUACCAGGAGAUACGAUGUAUUUUGACAAUAAUAUUGAUAUUGGAUCGCCUAUUGUUUUAUACUUUCGAGACGUCCAAUUAAAAUGUUAAAAAUACUUAUACAUUUGUUGACACGUUUUCUAAGUUUCUUAGGAAGUCGAUUUUCGGUUCCGUGAAAAUGCCGAAUUGCAAUUAGGUAUUGUAUUUAUUUUAGGCGUACCAAUCAUAAAUCGAAAAUUGACUUUGUAAUUCAAUUUGUCGAAACGUCCGCCUUAAAAAAAAAAUUACAAUAAACACCGGGAUCGUGUGUUCAUUUUCCCACCCAAGCCCGACAAGAAGGAAGGGCAGCCGGGGCUUUAGCCCUAUGGCCCGGGCCCGACCAAAGCAACCUGGUCUAAUUAUUUUACCUAAUUUGUACAUUUAUAAAAAAAAAUUAAGUGUUAAUUAUAUAACAAUUAUUACUUCUACGUGUUUUUCUUUGUUUAUUAACAUUUAAAAAAAACGACGCUUGGCGUUUGUGGUAAAUUUGAUAUUUAACAUUUUGGGAUGGAUUAUUUUGUUUCCGGGGCCCUCGAUUCCUCUCCACGGCUGCCCCGCCCCGUACCCACCGCUCGUAAACGUCUGUGCAUAAAAACGGCGCGUACUCUAUCUCCUCGAACCGGUGGGGGAGGGUUGUAUCAGACUACAGUCACGGGGAGUCGGAACGGCCAUCGAACGCGAUUUCGAGAAAAUUUCGAAAAAAUUCCUCUUUUCCGAUACCCCCCCCCCUCUCUCUCUCUCUCUCUUUCUCACUCACUCUUAUUUUUACACGAUCGAUUGAUAAUCCAACGCUUAUCAUACUAAGCUUCGUCGCUCCCCGCAAUCGCGUUAUCGGCCGCGGUCCAAGUCAAUAGGUUAUACCGACGACGGGUAUCGCGGUUGCGACCUUGGUCACGUAAGAAAGGGCGAGCUUAAUAACUUUCUCCCGGUCGGUAGUCUCGUUCGCGCCAUCGACGCCGUCGUUCGUGUCUCUCGUCCAAUUGCAACCGCCGCGGGAUCCGUCAACCGCAAGUCGAGAAUAUUUUGUUCUCCGCGAGCGUUUUACAUAUAUUAUUAUAUUAUAACCGACCGUCGACAGUUUAACGAUAAUCGUCUUCAUUCCCGACGGUAAUUUACUAUUAUUAUUGAUUUUUUUUCAUGUAAAAUUUAACACACUCAUUUUAACGUUUAAUACGCCGCCAUCAUUGCAUUCAUUGUUAUUGUAUUGUUUACGAUAUUAUUUUGUAGUCCCUUCGAGCGCGCGCUCGGAGCGUUUUCUUCGGGAUAUAUAUAUAUUUUUUUUUUUUAUCAAUAUUAUUAACAUUGAUAAUGUACUAUGCUAUUGUAUUAUAUUGUGUAUAUUCGUUCGGUUGGACGAUUAUUUUAUUGUCGCGAAAAAUGUCAAACACAUUAAUCGCAUUGUGUCCCUAAAAUUAACGAUUCGAAAUAGGUAUGCCUAUUGUUGUCGAACUCGACUCCGUACUGUUGUUUGGUUAAAAAAAAUAUAUGUACUCGCGUAAACAUUUAAAAAAUAAUAAUUCCAACGGUUGUAUUUCGUUUUAAUUGUAUUUUAUUUUUUUUUUGUUAUAUAUUUAUAUAGUUUCGUACUCUACGAAUUUAUAUGAAUUUUUUAAUAAUUAUUAUGGACCUAAAAAUGAUCUAACGGUCUUAUCUUCGGCACAUCAAUAUAUUAUAAUGGUGUAUAAUGUUAUUAUUAAAAAUUAUUAUUUAUCUCGUUUUUAGCAUUCUCACGAUUUCUCUCGACCGUUUUUUUAUUUUCCUGGCGUCGAAACUGGGAAACCGAAAAUAUGUAUAGAUAUAAAUCACUUUUACACUAUUAUCCACGCAUAGACAAUAUUGUUAUUCACGUAAUAUAUAAUACGUAUUAUCACGACUCUCUCAAGAAAAAACCAGCAUUUCACUUCUGUGGUUCUCGACCGGUGUGAAAAACAAAAACUCGUUUUUGAAAUUUUAUUUGAAUGAAUACGAAAAAUAAUUCUCCAACGCGGUCGAGCGCGUUAUCAUUUAUACGGGUCUAAAUUACGGUGCCGUCGUUAAAAGAAAAAUAAGUUAAAAACCACCGAAUUUUAACUUGCACUUACUGCCUAAUGGUACCUAAUAUGUACGUCAAAAAACGUUUUGUAAUAUUGAAAUCAAAUGUAAUAAAACAAAUUAAUAAUAAUACAAUGUACCUAUACCUAUUUUAGCAUUUAAUAAAAUUUCACCUUCUACUCGGAAUUCAAAUAUUAUGCUGUCUAUCAGUAUUGGAUUUCUUUUUUUUUCAAUUUUCGUGCGCGCGUUCGCCGAUUAGAGCUUUAUUAAAAGUAUUGUAUGUGUUUUCACGUCUUUUUAAUAAUGAACAUUUACCCGCGUAACUUCGGAAUUAUUAUUAUGAGUAUAAUAAUACUAACGGAAUUUUUCGAAUUUUCUAGUUCUUAAAAAAAAAAAAAUUAAUGCCCGAGACACUAGAGCGACUUACAAACAUAAUUUUUCGAAUUUGGUAAUAAUUAAUAAAUUGUCGAAUUAAAAAUAUUACAGCCGCCUAAAUAAUCAAAUCGAGGCGUUUAAUUUGUAUUUUAGAUUCUGAGGAGAGCUAGGAAUAUUUUACAAAGUUUAUUUUUUUUUUCUGUGAACACUUCUGUCAUAAAUUUUGUUUCGAUUUCGAAGUGUAGCACUUUUUAUGAAAGGAAAUUUUCGUGGGGAAGUAAUUUUUAAUUUCCCCAGGAGUUUUCAUAAUAAACGAGAAAAUUUACUAAGUGUAUUAUUUUCAAAUCGUAAAUAUUACUGCCUUUUACAACAUGUUUAACCGAACUCCGCUCAGAAUCGUUUUUCGUUAGCAAUGAUUAAUCGUUGCGUACUGAUGAUAUAUACAUUAAAUUUACCUUCUAUCUUCCCAACUUCUCACCUAUAAAAGUGGCCUGAUCAUCGUGCGAAGUAUGUCCGUUUGUUUUUAAUAAUGUCACCGACAUAACGGGGAAUGGCUGCUGUCCAAUCGAUUUUAAUUUAACGAAUAGAAAUAACAAUGAAAAUGAUUAAAACGUGUAUGUAUGUAGAGACGUUUAAUAAAAAGAACAAAACGGAUAUCGAGCUAAUUAAUUUGUGCGCGAUGCGUUUUCAUCUUGUGAUUAUUUAUCCUUGUUUCGAACUACAAAGUCACGCGGAACGUUUACUUAUUUUCAUUAUCAUCAUCAUCAUCAUCAUCAUCAUCAUUAUUGCUAUUAUUAUUGAAAUAUCAGAGUGUUACGGGUUACCUACACAUUUUAUUUCUACGGUCGUUCGUAAUUCUGAUUAAUUAUUAUUGUCCGAGAUCCAAAGUUAAUAUAAGACGUGUGCAUCGGUGACGGAAACCGAACGUAUACGAAAAUCGAUUAUAAUAUGUACAUAUGUAUAUAUAUAUUAUUAUUUUUUUACAAUAACACCGCCGAUAUAAUAUUUAUAUUUUAAAAAAUAUAUAAUAUUUAAGGUCGUUCAAGUUUAUUCGUACCUAAACUUAUUCAUAAAAUCGACCUCUAAUGACCCCUAUGUUAUCAAUUUUUUUUUUUUUAUACAAAUACCUAGGUACCUAUUUUUAUUUUAUUCUUUUAUAAUUAUGAUUGAUAGAACAAGUUACACAAUAUUAUUUUACGAACAGAUAUUGUUAGUUUAAAUGUAUGUACUUUAUGAACCUGUGCCUAUAGUGAUUAACAAUACCUAUAAUCGUUUUGAACAUUUUCCGUGGGCGCCUGCUUAAUAUCAUGUUAAAUAUUACAAUAUUAUACUUUUCCAAAAAAUGUAUUCACUCGACAACAACGUGUUAAAAACACAGUAUUAUAUAAUACAUUAUUACCUAACCUUCUGUAAUCAAAUUUGCCAAUAUUAUUAUUUUCCGAGCAUUUAUAUAAUUAUUAUAAUUAAUUAUUGCUCAUUAUGCAAUUAUUAGUUUAAUUAAUUGCUAAUUAUUAAUGAUCGAACUCAUUAAUCCACCACCCAGCCUUAAGUACAAUUAAGUUUAUAUAAUAUGAUUAAACUGAACCUGUGACAUUGCCCAUAACGUGUUUGUUGCUAUCGUCUUUGUCACUUAGUGUCAAAAUGUAUUUUAUACAAUUAAAUAACCAAACCAUUUAAUAUUAAUUAAUUUAAUGUAAUAUUUGUUAAUCUACAAAUUAUUUCAAUUAUUAUUAUAUUUUUUUUAGUUAAUUCAUAAUGUCUGCCAAAGCAAUUAGUGAAGCGACCGGUAAAGAUAUCAUAAACAGAAACUUAGCUCCAUUGACAUCUGCCGUAAAAUGCCGGUUCGCUUCAAUAAAUGAAAACACCAAAUGGGAAGAUCUCGAAUUGGACAACCCAUGGCUAAAAUCUGAAGUGUGUAUUUGAUUUAACUCAAUAAUUAUCAGUGGUGCAACUAGGAUUUAUCAAUAUGGAGUGAUUAAAAGUAAACCUCCUUACCUCCUUAACCUUACCUAUAACUAAAAAAAAAAUGAAUAGGGGAUUAAAAUGACCCACUUGCUAUGCCACCGAUAAUUAUUAUAUGUAUGAAAAUUCAAAAUAUUAUUUUUUAUCUUUAAUAAGCGUUUACAUUUUUAGAGUUUAGUCGCAAAACCAGAUCAGUUAAUAAAACGUCGUGGUAAACUAGGUUUGAUUAAAGUAAAAACUGACUACAAAGGAGCUAAACAAUGGAUUCUCGAACGUUUGGGAAAGGAUCAAAAAAUUGGCCGUGCAAAUGGAAAAUUAAAGAAUUUCAUUAUUGAACCAUUCAUCCCUCACAAAGCUGUACGUAUAUUACUAUACUAAGUUAUGAUUUUAUUUUUUUUUAUCGUUUAUAAUAGUAAACAUAUUAUUAGUUUCCUUAAAUUAUGUUUAUAUUUGUGUAGGAUGAAGAAGCAUAUGUGUGUAUUUACUCUCAUCGUCAUGCUGAUACAAUUCUUUUCCAUCACGAAGGUGGUGUCGACAUUGGAGAUGUCGAUGCUAAAGCAUUAAAACUGGAAGUGCCAAUUGGACAAAAUAUAACUGAGGAGCAAAUCUUAGAACAACUAUUAACCAAAGUUAGCCCAGCCAAACAAAAGUAAGUUUUUUUUUAAAAAAACCUAAUUUUUUUACAAACUUAUAUUAUUAUAUUAUAUUUUUAGGACUAUUGCAACAUUUGUAGUUGCUUUAUAUAAAAUGUAUGUAAAUCUUUACUUCACCUAUUUGGAAAUCAACCCAUUGGUAGUAACAGAUAGUGCUAUUUACAUUUUGGAUUUGGCUGCGAAAAUUGACUCGACUGCUGAUUUUAUUUGCCGUGCAGCUUGGGGUGAAAUUGAAUACCCACCACCAUUUGGACGUGAUGCCUUCCCAGAAGAAGCAUACAUCGCCGACUUAGAUGCCAAAAGUGGAGCUUCACUUAAGGUAAAAAAAAUUUUGAAAUUUAUAAUUUAGCUUUUUAUUGUGUGUUCUAACUAGAAAAGUUAUAUCAGCUAUUUAAUUUGAUUUGUUUUUUUCUUUUAUGAUUUAUUUAUUUAGUUAACAAUUUUAAAUAAAAAAGGACGUAUCUGGACUAUGGUUGCUGGAGGUGGUGCCUCUGUUAUUUAUGCUGAUACAAUUUGUGAUUAUGGUGGUUCUAGUGAAUUGGCUAAUUAUGGAGAAUACAGUGGUGCUCCAUCAGAACAACAAACUUAUGAGUAUGCAAAGACAAUUUUGAGUUUAAUGACUCAAGAAAAACAUCCCGACGGAAAAGUUUUGAUCACUGGAGGAGGUAUUGCUAACUUCACCAAUGUAGCAGCAACAUUUAAGGGUAUCGUCACAGCCCUGACAGAAUACCAGACUAAAAUUUUAGAACACAAUAUCACAAUAUACGUACGCCGUGCCGGUCCAAAUUAUCAAGAAGGUCUUAGAAUAAUCAGAGAAGUGGGAAAGACUUUACGUAUUCCUAUUUAUGUAUUUGGACCAGAAACCCACAUGACAGCCAUUGUUGGGUAUGCUUUGGGUAAAAAACCAAUACCCAAAGAAACUGAACAAGAAUCUGUUACUGCAAAUUUCCUUUUGCCUGGCGGACAGGUGAAAUGAUUUCCUGAUCUUUGAAAUUAAAUUAGUUUGUUUAAAAAAAUAUAUAUGUACAUUUAGGACUCAAAUUCUGUCAAUGCACAACAAGAAGUUGUUGAUGGUAGUGUUAGUGACUUAGCAAGUCCAACAAUUACUUCAUCGUCUGUCAAACCAAAGUUCUCUCCUGUUACUCCUUCUGCAAAACCUCUGUUUGGCAGCCAUACUAGAGCUAUUGUUUGGGGAAUGCAGACUAGAGCUGUGCAGGUAAAUCAUUUUUAAAUUAAAGCACUUUACUUUAUGUGAAUUGAAUUCAUAUUAAUGGUAAAAGUUGACAAAAUUAAAAUACAAAUAUUAUUUAAAAUAAUUAACUAUUUAUUUUAUCUAUCAGAGUAUGCUUGAUUUUGAUUUUGUUUGUCGGCGAUCUGAACCCUCCGUUGCAUGCCUUGUAUAUCCAUUCACAGGUGACCAUAAAUUGAAAUUCUACUGGGGUCACAAAGAAGUUUUGAUUCCUGGUAAGUGAUACAUACACAUUUUUACUUUUGAAAAAUAUUUAAUAAAAACCUUCUUUAGUUUACAAGAAAAUGGAAGAUGCUAUGUCAAAGCAUCGCAAUGCUGAUGUUUUGGUAAAUUUUGCUUCUUUGCGAUCUGCUUAUGACAGUACAAUUGAAACUCUCAACUACCCUCAAGUAUGAUUGAAAUAAAGUUCAUUGUUUUUAUGAGAUUUAUAUUAUUUUACACUUAACUGAACGUUUUAUAGAUAAGAACUAUUGCUAUUAUUGCUGAAGGUAUCCCUGAAAAUAUGACUAGAAAAUUAAUUUUAUUGGCCAACGAAAAAAAAGUCACAGUCAUUGGUCCUGCCACUGUUGGUGGCUUAAAACCUGGCUGUUUUAAGAUCGGUAACACUGGCGGUAUGAUGGACAACAUUUUGCAUUCUAAAUUGUACAGGGCAGGAAGGUACUAUACAUUAUUUUAAAUUAUGUGACAAUUAUUAAUUUAAUUAGAUUUUAAUACAAUAUUUGUGUUUAGUGUUGCGUAUGUUUCUCGUUCCGGUGGUAUGUCUAAUGAGUUGAACAACAUUAUCUCGAGAACAACUGAUGGUGUGUAUGAAGGUGUAGCUAUUGGUGGAGACCGUUACCCUGGUACUACAUUUAUGGAUCACAUCAUGCGUUAUCAGGCAGAUCCAGAAAUUAAAAUGAUCGUACUUUUGGGUGAAGUCGGAGGAGUUGAAGAAUAUGAAGUUUGUGAAGCCUUAAAAGAAAAAAAAAUCACAAAACCACUCGUAGCCUGGUGUAUUGGAACUUGUGCCAGUAAGUUGAAUUUACGACUUUCUUAUUCCGUGUUAUAUAAAACUAUUAUUGGUUUUACUUUGAUAUAUGUGUUUCUUUCUUUCUAUCUGUGAACAAAAUUUCUACCAGAAAUCAAAUCACUUUACUAGUUUUUAGUUACUUAUAGCUUUUUUAAAUUUAAUUUAAUUUUGAUUAAAUUUUGAACUAGCAAAAUUGUUUAAACAUUUUACUUAGUUAUAUAUAUAUUUAAAAAUAGGUUGAGCCUAAUACUUAUUUUAUAAGCGUUCUGAGCACAAAUUUCUGAAAAAAUUUUAAAUAUAAAUUAAAUUAAAUUUCUAAACAUGUUUAAUCAAACUUCGGUUAGAAUUUUUUUUUUUUUGGCAAUGUUAAUCAUUGUGUUAAUACAUAAAUUAAAUAACUGUAUCCUACAUACCCAUUUCCCAUCUUCAAAAAUGACACCCAUAUAAGUUUUUUAUUAAUUAUAUAUUUAAAAUGCUAACGUUUUCCCCAGGCAUGUUUACAUCUGAGGUUCAGUUUGGUCAUGCUGGUUCGUGUGCUAACUCUGAUCAAGAAACUGCUACUUCCAAAAAUGCCAGUCUCAGAGCAGCUGGUGCAUUUGUACCUACUUCAUUUGACUUUUUGGGUGAUAUCAUCUUUGAUGUCUACAAGAAGUUGGUAUCUGAAGGUUCAAUCAUUCCACAAACUGAAUUACCACCUCCAACUGUGCCCAUGGAUUAUUCUUGGGCACGUGAACUUGGUCUCAUUCGUAAACCGGCUUCAUUCAUGACUAGUAUUUGUGAUGAACGUGGACAAGAAUUAUUGUACGCUGGUAUGCCAAUCAGUGAUGUUCUAAAGGCAGAUAUGGGUAUCGGAGGAGUAAUCUCUCUUUUGUGGUUCCAACGUUCUUUACCUCCAUAUGUAUGCAAAUUCUUUGAAAUGUGUCUAAUGGUAACUGCUGAUCACGGACCCGCUGUGUCAGGUGCACAUAACACAAUUGUUUGUGCUCGAGCCGGUAAAGAUUUGGUAUCAUCAUUGGUUUCUGGAUUGUUGACAAUUGGAGACAGAUUUGGUGGUGCAUUGGACGGUGCCGCUAAACAGUUCACUGAAGCUUAUGACAGUGGAUUGAUUCCAAUGGAAUUUGUUAAUCAAAUGCGUAAAAAAGGAUCACUCAUCAUGGGUAUUGGUCAUCGAGUAAAAUCGGUAAACUAUCUAUUUGUUGAAAAAAAAAUGUAUUAUUGUAAAAUUACCUUAGAUCAGGUUGGGUUAAUUUUGUUGUUGGUUUUUUUUCCAGAUCAAUAAUCCAGACAUGAGAGUAAAAAUUAUUAAAGAAUUUGUUUUGGAAAAUUUCCCAGCCACACCAUUGUUGAAUUAUGCCUUAGAAGUAGAAAAAAUCACUACCUCCAAAAAACCUAAUCUUAUACUGAAUGUUGAUGGAUGUAUAGCCGUAUCUUUUUGUGACUUGUUGAGAAACAGUGGAAGUUUCACUCGGGAAGAAGCUCAAGAGUAUAUUGAUAUGGGCUCAAUUAACAGUUUGUUUGUUCUCGGAAGAAGUAUUGGAUUUAUUGGUUAGUAAAGGAAUAAAUAAUAUACUUUAACAUGAAACAAAAGCAUAUUUGAAAAAAUUAUUUAUUGAACACUUUUUUUUUUUUAAUUUUAGGACAUUAUAUGGAUCAAAAGAGAUUAAAACAAGGACUCUACCGUCAUCCAUGGGAUGAUAUUUCUUACGUCUUACCCGAACAAUAUAAUUAGACAAAAUACAUAUUAUUUUUUUUGUUUUCUAUUUUUAAUUGGUCGACAAGUGAACAAAGCCAUUUGCGCUUUAUAAACACCAAUAGAAAUUUUGGUUUGCGCACAAUUUAUUACCUGUUAAGUCUACACACAUAAGCAUUUUCCAUCAUGGUUUUAAUAUUCAAAAAAAAAAAAUACAUUUUACUAGAUACCACUAUUAAUGAUUAUUACUACUCUGUAUAUAAUAAUAACUAUUUAUUCAUCAGGUUUAUUUGUAAAUUUAUACCGAUAUAGGUAUAUAUUAUAUAUAAAAAAAAUUUAAGAAUUGCAUACAUUUUUAAUGCACUGUGUUUUUUUCUUUUUGUUGAUCUUUUCGGAGAUUUAUUAGUAAUUAUUUAAGAUAAAAUAAGUUUGUUAUUAUUGACAUAAUUAUGUAUUGACUUAAAUAAUGGUGAUAAUAUUCAGUUUUUAGAUUUUUAUUUUCGUAUUUUUUAGUAUUAUAUCAAAAAUAAACUCUUACAACGAUCUGAAAUAUACAUUUCUCCAAUUCAAGUUGGUAGAAUAAUGUCUUACUACUAAAUUAUUAUAACUGUUUGAACAUAAAAAAAUGCACACUAUGAAUUGAAUUUGUUAUUUUCAUUUAACAUACUGAAGAAAAAGAGAUGAUAAUAAUUAUCAAACAAUAUUUUUGAAUAAUGCAAGUAAAUUAAAUUGAAUCAAUUUUACCCAUUAAAUUAACAGAAUUGUUUAGAAUUCUUCUGGUCUGAAUGAAUGCUGCCACAUUUAUCAAUUAUGGUGACCAGAUAUAAAAAUCCAAAAAAAGAAUAAAUUGUAAAAUUUAGGUCCUCCAUUAUAAAAAAAAAACCUCCCUUGAAAUAAUUGUCCAAUUAUUUUGCCCAUAGCUCAUCUCCAUCUAUAUAUAUGUAUAUAUAUAUUUUAUUUUUAUUU